CCCACGCUGUAGUCUAGUGGAAUAGUGGUAGAGAAGUAUGGCUUUUUUGUGUGUGUGUGCGUGUGUGCAUAAGAAUCAGACUGUCUGGGUUCAAACCCUGGCUCUAUCGCUUUGUAGCGUUAUGACCUCUAGCAAGUUAUUUAAACUUGAUGACCCAUAUUUGAAGUGAGAAUAACAAUAGAGUUACUAUUAGGAGCAAAUUACAUGAUUUGUUUAAAGUACUUAGCACAAUGCCUGUUUGUAAGGAAGCACUUAAUAAAUUUUAGUUGCUAUUAUAGUUAACCACUAAUGAUUUCUCAAAAGCCAUUUUAACCAGAUCAAGUCUGCGUGAAAAGGCUAUUGAGCAUGAAGUUUACCCUUUCUUAUUUCUACAAUUCCAUUCCUUAAAAAUGUGUGCGAGUAUAUUCAUAGCUAUUAACUUGGAGAUGUUGGGUAUCUGGUGUUGCUUCAAAAAUGUUUUGCGUGGUUGUAAGUAACACCCCUCAAAUAAUAUGUAUCAGCACUGAUGUGGAUCCUGUCAUUUCUUCAUGCCUAUUAUAUAUGCACGUGUGAGACUGAAAUGAAUAAAAGCAGAACUUAGGCAUUCCGGCCAAAGGAAGUGAGCUGAAAGGAAGAGAAGCUGAGCGUUUGGGAGGAGAAAUUUGUCCUAUCUCUCAGUCAGUGUCAGAAUGUGGAAAUGUUUACAAAAUGCUCAUUAAAAGAAAAAGGGAUUUCCAGAUAGAAACAAAAUCUGGUGCACAAGUUUACACUAGAGAGAUAAGAAAGGUUAGGCCCGUAGAAGGGAUUUUGUUAUCCAAUUACUGCAACCUGACUUUUGGGGGGAGAGGAAGAGUGGUAGGGGGAGGGGGAGAGAGCGAAAGAGUUUCCAAACUUGUCAACUCUGAUGACAUGAGACAUUUACGCUCCGCAAGAUAAAACUGCCACUUAGAGCCCAGGAGAGCUAAACCUUCCUGGUUGGGCUGGGGGCUGGAGCGGAGUCAUGGGUUCUCCGGCCCUGCGGCUGUGCGCUCUCUUCUGCCUGGCGGCUCACUUGGCUUCUGGCAGCCCCAUCAUGAGUCUUGAGCAGUCACCUCUGGAAGAAGACAUGCCUCUCUUCGACGAUGUCUUCUCAGAGCAAGAUGGUGUCGACUUUAACACACUGCUGCAGAGCAUGAAGAACGAGUUUCUCAAGACGUUGAACCUGUCUGACAUCCCUAUGCAGGAUUCAGUCAAGGUUGACCCACCAGAGUACAUGUUGGAACUCUACAAUAAAUUUGCAACAGAUCGGACCUCCAUGCCAUCUGCCAACAUCAUUAGGAGUUUCAAAAACGAAGAGCUUUUUACCCAACCAACCAGUUUUGACGGGCUCCGGAAAUACCCUCUCCUCUUCAACAUGUCCGUCCCUCACCAUGAAGAGAUCAUCAUGGCUGAACUCAGGUUGUAUACCCUGGUGCAAAGAGACCGCAUGAUAUAUGAAGGAGUGGACCGAAAAAUUACCAUUUUUGAAGUACUAGAAAACAAAGAGGACAGAGGAGGUGAAAGAAACAUGCUGAUUUUGGUGUCCGGAGAGAUCUAUGGAACCAACAGUGAGUGGGAGACAUUUGAUGUCACAGAUGCUAUCAGACGUUGGCAAAAGUCAGGCUCAUCCACCCACCAACUGGAAGUCCAUAUUGAGAGCAGACAUGAAGAAGCUGAGGACCCAGGCAGGGGACAACUAGAAAUAGACACCAGUGCCCAGAAUAAGCAUGUGCCUUUGCUUGUCGUGUUUUCUGAUGACCAAAGCAGUGAAAAGGAGCGGAAGGAGGAACUGGAUGAAAUGAUCGCUCAUGAGCAACUUCUGGAGCUGGACAGCUUGGGCCUGGACGGUUUUUCCAGUGGCCCUGGGGAAGAAGCUUUGCUGCAGAUGAGGUCAAACAUCAUCUAUGACUCCACUGCCCGAAUCAGAAGGAACGCCAAGGGAAACUACUGCAAAAGGACCCCUCUCUACAUCGACUUCAAGGAGAUUGGGUGGGACUCCUGGAUCAUUGCUCCGCCUGGAUAUGAAGCCUACGAAUGCCGCGGUGUUUGUAACUACCCCCUGGCAGAGCAUCUCACACCCACAAAGCAUGCAAUUAUCCAGGCUUUGGUCCACCUCAAGAAUUCCCAGAAGGCUUCCAAAGCCUGCUGCGUGCCCACGAAGCUAGAGCCCAUUUCCAUCCUCUAUUUAGACAAGGGUGUUGUCACCUACAAGUUUAAAUAUGAAGGCAUGGCCGUCUCUGAAUGUGGCUGUAGAUAG